AUGUAUACGCGCCUCUCCUCUCCAGGCGACAAAGGAGCGAGGCUCACUGCCGAGGAGCUAGAGUCUAUCUCCAGUUCCUUCGACGAGUCCGUCCGCUCUCCCCUCUGGGGCCUGAGCCCUGCCUCUGCCAGCCUGCCCUGGCUCUUCUCCGCUGUCGACGUGCUCGCCACUGCUCACUCGGCGGUGAGAUCCUUGAUCUAUGAGCUGAAAUCGGACGGUGAUGACAGCCUCUUUUCGUGGUAUCUGGACAAUAGCGUGAAGGUCCUGGAUGUCUGCAACUGCAUGUCCUCCGAGAUCGAGCGACUGUGUCUCCACCACCUGGACCGGAGGAUGGCGAUGAAGCUCAUCUGCUCAGAGGGCAGCCCAUCGGAGGAGGAGAUUCACCAGGCACGGGAUUUGCUCGCAGCUUCGGAGGGCGAGAGCGUUGGUGACAUCGAGAAGCUAAUUAGAGACUUGGCCUCGAGCAUUGGAAUGGCGGCUCUGAGGGGGAAGGUCUUGCCGGUCGAUAGAGUUGUUCGCCGUGCGGUCCAAGCUGUCAAUUUCUUGACGGCAUUCAUUGCCGGGGUCAUAUCUUCGGCCUUGCGCUCUUCCUUGGGGAUGGUCGUCUGUGUCCCAGAGGAGUUCCCCUGGGGUGACGCUGUUCGCGCAAUUGAGUGGAAAAUGAUCGUGGAGUCGAGACGUGGCGAGGAAACGGACAGGAGGAUGCGGGUUUUGAGGGAGCUUGAUGACGUGGAGGCACGCAGGAGGCAUGUGCUGGAGGCAAUUGACGAGGUGGUGGCAUCAGGAGGCGGUGGAGAGGUCGUGGAGAGGCUGAGGGAGGUGGCGGCUGGGCUGGAGAAGGCCACUAACGAGAUGUUGAAGGGGUUGUACCAGCUGCGGGAUGGGCUGACGGAGUUGUUCCUGAGAGUGACGAAAAUCAGGAAGGAAAUGGUAGAUGAGUUCAGAGCGAGCCUGUGGGAAGGACCAUUGCCGAAGAAGCCAUCAAAGAUUGGCAAGAACGACUAA